AGCCGGGCCGGCCGCCCUCCGGCCUUCCCCCACCCCUGGGAAGCGCAGGCUGCCCCUGCCUCGGGCGUGGCAGCCCGCUGAGGGGAAGGGGCGCCAGAGGAGAAAAGCAGCGGCCGUCCCUCCGCAGCCCCGCGAGGGCGUCUGCGACCCUCCGGGGACUUGCGAACUCUCGAGGCAGUCUUGGAAGCUGUAUUUCAGCUGCCUAAGACAACUUCACACCAAAUAAUGUAACAGAAAAGAUCAGAAAACAUUAAGCAAAUAGAAGUGAGGAACAUUUUAAGCAAAAUGAACAUUCCUGGAAGCAACUGUGGAAGCCCUAAUUCUUCAGAAACAUCUAAUGACUUUAAGGACUUUUGGACAAAGUUAAAAGAGUGUCAUGAUAAAGAAGUACAAGGUUUACAAGUAAAAGUAACUAAACUGAAAAAGGAACGAAUUUUAGAUGCACAAAGACUGGAAGAGUUCUUCACCAAAAAUCAACAGCUGAGAGAGCAACAGAAAGUCCUUCAGGAAACCAUUAAAGUUUUAGAAGAUCGGUUAAGAGCAGGAUUAUGUGAUCGCUGUGCAGUAACUGAAGAACAUAUGAGGAAAAAACAGCAAGAAUUUGAAAAUAUCCGACAACAGAAUCUUAAACUUAUUACAGAGCUUAUGAAUGAAAAGAAUAUUCUCCAGGAAGAAAAUAAAAAGCUUUUGGAACAACUACAACAGAAAAUUGAGAAUGAUCAACAACAUCAGGCAACUGAGCUUGAAUGUGAGGAAUAUGAGGAAUAUGUUAUUCCAGAUUCUCCAAUAACAGCCUUUUCAUUUUCUGGCAUUAACCGACUACGAAGAAAAGAGAACCUCCAUGUCCGAUACACAGAACAGACACAUAAUAAAGUAGAGCACUCUGUGGGCACAAAUGAAUUGAGAAAAGUUUCGAAGCCUUUAACUCACCCACAACAUCCUAAUGAAAAUGAAAUCCUCGUAGCUGAUACUUGUGAUCAAAGUCAGUCUCCAGUGGCUAAAACACAUGGAACCAGCAAUCAUCCCACUGAUAAGUCAUCUUUUAACUUAACUACAGUUGUUGCUGAAACACCUGGACUUGGUGUUCAAGAAGAAUCUGAAUGUCAAGGUCCAAGGAGCCCUCUUGGUGAUGAGCUCUAUCCCUGUGUGGAAGGAAAUCACAAGAAGCAGCCUUUUGAGGAAUCCACAAAAAUUAGUGAAGAUUGUUUAAGGUUUUCAGAUUCUACUUCAAUGAUUCCUUCUCAAGAAGAAGUGUCUACUCGGGUGUCAUCUCCUGUAUUUGGAGCUACCUCUAAUGUGAAAACUAGUUUAGUUUUGAAUACAAGUUUAUCCCCUUCUCUUUUAGAGACUGGGAAAAAAAGCCAUCUGAAAUUGGCCCCUUUUAACAAUACUUCGGUUUCAAGAUCAGAGAAAACUAGAUCAAAAUCUGAGGACAGUGUCCUUUUCACACAUCGUAAUCUAGGGUCUGAAGUGAACAAGGUCAUUAGCCAAUCAUCUUCUAAUAAGCAGAUACUUUUAAGCAAAAAUGUAAGUGAAUCCACUGAUGAACAGGAGAGUGCUGAUCAUACUAAAGAUUCUAUUACUGAUAAAGCUUUGGUGCCCUUGAAAUCACUGGGAGGCAGAGCAUCCAAAAGGAAGAAAACUGAGGAGGAAAAUGAACUUGAAGUCAGCUGCCCUCAAGCCUCUUUUGAUAAAGAAAAUGCUUUUCCUUUUCCAAGAGACAGUCACUUUCCCUUGAAUGGGGAUUAUAUGAUGGAUAAACCUCUAGAUCUGUCAGAUCGGUUUUCAGCUUCUCAUCGGCAAGAGAAAAGCCAAGGAAGUGAGACCUCUAAAAACAGACUGAGACAAGUGACUCUAUAUGAGGCCUUGAAACCCAUUCCCAAGGGCUCUUCCUCAAGCCGCAAGGCUUUGGGUGGGAGCUGCAUGUUACCCAAAGAUUCCCCAGAAGAGCCCCAUUCACAGGAGUGCACCCUCCAGUCCUUGAGUAAAUGCUCUCCAGAAAAUAAAAUACCAUUACAAAUAAAAGAAGAAAAUCCUGUCUUCAAAAUUCCUCUACGUCCACGUGAAACUUUGGAAACAGAAAAUCUUUUUGAUGACAUGAAGGGUGCUGGUUCUCAUGAGCCAAUAAGAAUAAAAAAUAGGUCUGUCCAGGGAGGAUGUGAACUUGCAUCAGUUCUUCAGUUAAAUCCUUGCAGAAUGGCUAAAGCAAAGCCUCUGCAGAACAACCAAGGUGUGUACACUAUAGAUGUAUCCUUUGAAAAUAUCCAGUGGAGUGUAGAUCCAGGAGCAGACCUUUCUCAGUAUAAAAUGGAUAUCACUGUAAUAGAUACAAAGGAUGGCAGUCAGUCAAGAUUGGGAGGAGAAACAGUAGGCAUGGACUGCACAUUGGUCAGUGAAACCAUACUUUCAAAAAUGAAAAAGCAAGAGCAGAAGGGAGAAAAAAGUCCAAAUGGAGAAAGAAAAAUGAAUGAUAGCCUAGAAGAUAUGUUUGAUCGGACAACACAUGAAGAAUAUGAAUCCUAUUUGGCAGAGAGCUCCCCCCAAAUAGCUGAAGAAGAGGAGGAAUUGUCUACGACUAAAAGGAAACCAAACACUCAUGGUGAUAAACAAGAUAAAAUUAAGCACAAAGCAUUUGUGGAGCCCUAUUUUAAAGAUGAUGAGAGAGAAACUGGCUUACAAAAUUUUCCUCAUAUUGAGGUGGUUCGGAAAAAAGAAGAGAGAAGAAAAUUGCUUGGGCACACGUGUAAGGAAUGUGAAAUUUAUUAUGCAGAUUUGCCAGCAGAAGAAAGAGAAAAGAAGUUGGCUUCCUGCUCAAGACACCGAUUCCGUUAUAUUCCACCCAGCACACCAGAGAAUUUCUGGGAAGUUGGUUUUCCAUCCACUCAGACUUGUGUGGAAAGAGGCACAUUAGCAAGAAGCUGGAUCAGAAGCACAGAGCAGCUGGGACUUGAACCGGGCACUUCCAUAGGGAAUGUAAGCAUUCCAAGCAGCAGCUUAACCCACUGCACUGCAAUGCCCACCACAACUUUUCUCAUUUUGACAAGCUACAGAUAGUCAACUGUAAGUUAGUUUUUCUGAAAGAUGUGAAGUCUUUGAUACUAUUUACCAUAUUUCCACUUUACCCAUUAACAAGCUGGAUUAAGUCCCCUUUGACAUAAUGUCUCUCUGCUUUGUCAUCCCACAGAACCAGGUAGUUUGGAUAGAACUUCUGGUUAUAGUCCUAAUGGGGCCUUGGGGUAUGGCAGAGUUCAGUCAACUCCUGGAAAUUAUGUGACUGAGGACACCUUGGAAAAAAGUCUUAAUGGUCUGAAAAGUAAAGAGGCAUGUCAUCUAAUGAAAUAGCUACUGUAAAGUCUUUUUGAUAAGCACCUGGAAUUUGUCAUAAUAAUAGAGUUCAUGUUUAGCAGUUUUUCCCAAUUGCAACCUAAGGGAGGCAGAAGAGGAAAGUGUAUCCUUAUAGCUCUGGUUCUGCUACUAGAUAGAGCUCUCUCACUCCUAGCUUUGUGAAUUUGAGUGAGUUACUUACCUUGCCUGGGUCUCCAUCACCUCGUCUGUGAAGUAGCUCUGUGGAAGCUACUUCAGAAGAAUUUGAGUUACCUGAGAUGAUGUAUAUAAAGCAUGUGGUAAAUGUUUGCUGCUGUUAUUGUUACUAAAGAAACUCAUGCUGAGAGAUCAUACCUCAGCUAGCAACCAGGAGAAUCACAUCAACUUCAAAUAAAAUGUUUACUAAAAAAGUGCUGAGAGAAAUAUGUGUUAC